UCACACAGCUCAUCAAUAGAAGAGCUAGGAUUUGAACUUGGGUCUUCCAACUCCAAAUCAAGGCUUUUUCCAUGGCACCACUUGAAGCUGGGUGAGCCCUGAAAAAUUUUCAGCAAGCUAAAGAGAUCAACAAGACCAAGAUGACCACAGUGGCCCCUUUGGGAGGUGCCACCUUCCCAGGAAAUGAGACCGCGAUGUCCACCGAAGACUUCCUCUAUAAGAGUUCAGGAGCCAUUGUAGCGGCCAUCGUGGUUGGUGUCAUUAUCAUCUUCACCGCGGUGCUCAUCUUGCUAAAAAUGUACAACAGAAAAAUGAGAAUGAGACGGGAAUUAGAACCCAAGAGCCCCAAGCCCACCUCCCCGGCAUCUUCUGCAGGCCAGCCCAGCAACAACAGCGUCAGCCAGCCCACCACCGUUACAUUCAUUCCUGUCGACAUCCAUAUGGAGAACCGAUGACUAGAGAAGGUCCCUCCGGGGUCCUCAGCCAGAUCUCCUGCUCCAUUCGGAUGGGCCCUCACUGAGAAAAAGGAAAAUGAAGAGCCAGAUUCCUGGCAGAGUCUAAGUCAAGCUGAUGAUGGCAUUUCUGUAUGGGAUUGGAGCUGGGGACGAGCCCUAACAAUCUCUUUUUCCCUCUAGUUAAAAAACCUAAGUAACUCUCUUGGGUCCCCUAACAUUGACACAGUGGCAAACUAUGUCAGAUAUGUAUUAACAUUUAUGUUCUCCUUUCUCCCUGAUCCCUGUAGCUGCUUCAAAGGGAUAAUGAAUCCUAGAGAAGGGACUUUAGGAUAUACAGUGAUAGAAUGUAGAAUAUCUGAUCCAUCUUCUUGGAUGAUAGAUCAUCAGAACUGAAAAAAGCAUUUGAACAUAGAAUAUCCAAUCUGGAAGAGUUCUUGGAACAGAGAAUGGCAGAAUUGGGCAGGGAGGGGACCUUAGAAAACAAUCUCAGAGCUGGAAGAGAACUUAAAAUGGAGAAUUUUAGGACAAUAACAGACCUGAAUGGAACCUGGGAGACCCGCGAGCCCAACCCUCUCAUUUUAUAGUGGAGGGCUGUGGGAUCAUAGACCCAUAGAGCCGGGAAGGACCUCAGUAGGCCUUCUACUCUAUCCAUCUCUUUUUACAGAUGAGGAAACUGAGAUGGAAGGAGGUUAAAUGACUUGUCUCACAGGAAAAUGAGGUGUAGAGAAGGCCCCGUGAUGAGUUUGAGUUUCUGGCUGAACAGGGACAAGAACAGUUAAAUUAUUUCCAAUGCUGGAUGGCGGAUGAUGAGAGCCCCCAAAAGGGCAUCUGUCCAAGUGCUUCAUCCAGGCAUGUCUAGUCUGCAAAUUAAACCAUUUUUUCCUGGGAACUCUAUGGGCCUGGGUUAAUUAAAUAAUAAAGUAUACUGCCUCCUCCCCAGGUAAAUUCCGUCAGUGGACGGAAGACAGCAAACCUAAAUGUGAGACACCCCCAACUCCAGAUCUGGAGAUGGAAUCAACAAGGGAGAUGAGUUGAUAAAAUAGCUGAGGAGCUGAGCUCAGGACCAGAAUCCCAACAUCUGUGUCUGCCAGAGUAUGUGUCUUCUUUAGACAGAGCUAGAGAACUGAAACACUCCCCAUUCUUCCUUGUUCUAGCUGCCCCACGCAUUAUCACAUCUCCCCCUACCCCACUUCAUUCUGACCUAUGAUACUAGCUCACUCUUCUCUGUGAAGAUAAGCAGUAGGAGCUUUACUGUCUCCAUUUUACAGGUACAGAAACUGAGGCUCAAAGAAGGGCUAAGGCUAUACAUUUAGUAAAUGCUUGACCUGAGAUUCCAGCUUUGGUUGCCUGAUUCUGGGGUCAAGGCUCUCCCACUCUACCAUGUGGCCUUCCCAGGAUUGAGCUGAUCUUUCACUGAUUUUAUGUCUUGGUGGGGAGGGGAGGGCUGGGCUGCUCCCUGAUGCACUAUAUGAUAAGCACCUUAAUCUCAUCUAUAAUAUCUCCAAGCCCUACUUUGGCUCUUCCUGGAGGUGGUUCCUAGUAACAACAAAUCCCAAGCCUGGCUUUCAAACCCUUUACAGGAACACUGGAUUUGGGAUCCACAAGUCUGGGGAACCAUCCCAGCCCUAUCUGUAGGACCUUAGACAAGUCAUUUCCAUUCUCUGAGGCUUAAUUUCCUUAUAUGUAAUGUGAGGUGGUUGGACUGGAUGGUUCUAUGAGCAGCGUCUUGUCCCUGAAGCCCAUAACCCUCUGUCUACUAAAUACAAGAUGGCGACCUCUUGUCUGUUAUUGCCUAGUAGGAGAGCUCACUCUUCUUGCGAGCUAAGAGAAGCCAUGAGACAGGGAUUGUGAUCAUGCCUGGUGCUCAGAUGUGUUAGAAACAUACUAGCUUGGUCUCCAUAAAAGGACUAUGUGCCCUAUAGCCCAACUUGUCUUGAGCUGGAGCCUCUGGAGGGAUUGUGCCAAAAAGAGAAUGUGAUGGUUAUAUGGAAAGAGGAAGACCUAAUUCAAAGUCAAGCCUCAGGCCAUUUACUAGCUUUUUAACCCUACCCAAGAGAUUUCAUUUGUCUAAGCCUCAGUUCCUUCACCUAUAAAGUGGGAAUCAUAAUAGCAACCUCCUUCACUGGGUUGUAUAAGGUUCAAAUGAGAGAACCCCGGUAAAGACCUGUGCAAACCUUGAAUUUCUUUAGAGACGGGAGCUGCUCUUACAAGGGGGAAGGUAUGAUGGUUUUAUGCCAACGACGCUUGAUGGUUCGAUCAGCCAGCGGCAGCCUCAGGAUGUUUCCUCCUUUCCACAAAUUUCUUACAAGAACAAAAUCCCAGGCAGAAGCCAAAAACGCAGAAUGUAUGAUGCUGGCUCCGAAGUGCCAACCUCUCAAGGAAGCUGGGUAGUGUUUGCCUCGACACCUCACAAAGGAGAGGAGUGAAGGCUUCCAGCUGGGCCUUGGGCAUCCCAUCCCACCCACUCCCCUCAGCCACUUCUCCAAAGUUGUUAUGGAACCUGCCAGGUGUUAGCUCUUGAGAUCAACCCUAGGCCAGGGGUAGGGAACCUGCUCUAGGCACCCUCUUCUGUCCAUUACAAAUGCAAACACUCAUUGUUCUCUGGUCCCCUUGGUUCUGAUCUUGGUGUUCUGGGUUGGUGACUGAACUUGGAGUCAUGAAGAUCCUUGCUCGGAUACUUACUAGUUGUGUGACUGUGGACCUAAGCACCUCGAGCCUCAGUUUCCUUAUCUGUAAGAUGGAGAGAUAUCACCUAUCAUACCUGCCUCAGAGGAUUGUUGAUGGGAUCAAAUGAGAUUGUUCACGUAACAUGCUUCGCAAACCUCUAAAUUCUCUGCAAAAUUUGGUUCUUAGUAUUUUCAAAAAAAUGGAGUGGGAAUAAUUCUAAUGUGGAAGCCUAUUUAGUCCCCCUCCCACCUCACCUUGUUCUAGGUUAGGAAGACAGCAUAGUGUAGGGGACAGUGCAUCAGGUAUGGAUUCAGGAAGACUCGAUUCAAAUCCUGCAUCAGACACUAGCUGUAUUACCCUGGGCAAGUCACUUUACCUCCAAGUUCUGUAGGCAACUCUCAAAGACCACAAGAUGCAGAGAAGAUGACAUCUUGCAUUGGUAGAGGAAUUUCCUCCUCUGGGAGUUUACUUUGUCAUUGAAGUCAUAGGUCCUAUCUAUCCCUGUCCUUUUAUUGGUUGAAAGAAUGGGAUAGAGGGCACAAGAGAAAUCAGAUGGUGGUGGUGAUGAUGAUGAUGAUGAUGAUGAUGAUGAUGAUGGGGAAGGCUUGGGUAGUGCUUCCUGGUUCCAUUGUCCUCAUCACCUUUGAUCUCCAUUAAGCUCUUGUGAGAUAGGAAGGGCAAGUAGUAGUGUCCCUAUUUUACAGAGCAGGCAACUGAGGCACAGAAAAGCCACUUGUUCAGAUGUACGCAGUUAAGUGGCAAAACUGGGACACAAUCUCAAGUCCUCUGGCUCUUGAAUCCAUUGAUCUCCCCAUUGAGCUUUACUGCCUCUGUGUUGGGGGGAGAGGCAGGAUUUUUACCAAUUUGUUUUAGGUUUUAUGUUUAAUAAAUAAACAACCCAACCCAAUCCCCAAUUUAUUUUUAGUUGAAAAUUGUAGGGCUUAGUCUGGGAGGGAGAUGAGUUCUUGACUUUUCAAAUGCCCUUUCCAAAUAUACCCCAAAUUGGCAUUUUUGUCCUGUUAUAAAAAACUCAGUGCCACAGUUCUUUGUGGGUGUGCAGCAACCCUAUAACCAUGUCCCCAGGAUAUUUGAGAGGCCCACUCGGUGACAUUGAACAGUGGGAUCAUUGUCACCCUUUCUCUGGGCUCUUUUGUGAUGGGCAUCCCCCUCAGCAAGGGAGGGAGUAGAAAGCCUUGACUCAGCAGUCCUGGGGCCAGCCCAAGGCGUCUGGCCUGGGGAAAAGUGGCUUCAAACAACACUGACCCUGGGCUGGCCCAGGAGUCAGGAGACCCGGCCUCUGCCGGCCAGGCCCCAGCUUCACUGUGGAUGCAGCAUAGCAGUCCUGGAAGAGGGCUUAGGGACCAUCUAGUCCACUCUUUACCUGAACCCAGACUUUUUCUCUAACAUCCCUAAUACAAGUUUAUCCUGCCUCUGCUUAAAGCCCUCCAGGAAUGGGGAGGCUGCCACCACCUCCCUCAGCAGCCUGUUUUCACUUGGGGACAGGUGGAAAUUUCUUAGAAAGUUUUUCUUAUAUCGGAUUGCAAUCUGCCUUUCUGCAGUUUCCACCCAUUUCUUCAACCAAUGACUGAAGCCAAAAAGAGCCAAUCUAAGGAUGGCAUGGUAAAAAAAAAAACAAAAAACAAAAAAAACACCUGACAGUGAGUCAGAAGACUUAUGUCUGGCCUUUCCUACUUACUAUCUCCUCUCUGGGCCUCAGUUGUUUCAUCUGUAAAAUGAGGAGGUUGGACUAAUCAGGGCUUCUUAAACUUUUUCCACUUGUGACCCCUUCAUCACUUCUUAAAUUGUGUUUAAUAAGUUUAAGAAAGCGCAGUGAAUAGAGCUCCGGCCUUGAAGUCAGGAGGACCUGAGUUCAAAUCUGGCCUCAG